AUGUCGGCCCUCAGGGAUGCGAUAUCGAAAAUCAAGCAGUCUGCCUCUGAAUCUGACUUGAUCCCCCACCGUCGCUCAAAUCUUGGUGCUUUCCUUCAGGAGAAGGAAUAUGUUUACUCUAGCGAUGACUUCAGUGAUGAUAACAGCGGUGUCUCCAGCAAGAAUGAACAGAAGCGUGCUGCACGGCGCGAGAAAAAGGAGCAGAGCAGGUCCAGACUGAGCACGGAGACAAGAGACGGCUCAAUGGACACUACGCGGUCGGAAUUCAAAGGCAGCAAUGAUGGCUCUGCAGAGAACAAUGAUGAUACUCCGGAGAUGAAGGCUAGAUACGGUGAUCUUCCGAUGAUGCAGUCCAGAGACCGUCCGCGCGCGAAUCUUACCAAGUUCGAGUCCAUCACGGACGAGAUGAAGGGCCAGGAGCUGAUAUUCCGUGCUCGUCUACAUGUUGUUCGUCGCAUGGGCGCAAAGUUUGCAUUCCUAGUAUUCCGGCAGCAGCUGCAUACCUUACAAGGUGUUCUACAUACAGAGCCUAAGUUGAGGUCGGCGAACAUGAUAUAUUGGGCUGAGCGCAUUCCAGUUGGCUCAAUAUUGAAGGUGAAAGGACGUCUGAAGACACCAGACGUUCCUGUCUUUGGAACAACGAUUCACAAUCUCGAGCUCGAGAUUGAAGAACUCCAUGUUGCUGUACGCCGAGAGGAGCCAGUGCCAUUCAGUGUAUAUGAAGCCGAACUUGCCGGUGCCCAUGAAGAGCGGCUGGAAGGUGUACGCCAGAAGAUACCCGAUCGCACGAGGCUGUCCAACCGAAUCCUCGAUCUCCGCACUGAUACCUCACAGUCUAUCUUCAGAAUUCAGUCUGCCAUUUCUACUAUGUUCAGGUCCUGCCUUGAUGCCCAAAAUUUCAUUGAAAUACAUUCCCCCAAGCUGCAAGCAGCUGCCACAGAAUCGGGAGCUAGCGUCUUUGGUGUGAACUAUUUCGGUCGCCCUGCUUUCCUGGCUCAGAGUCCUCAGCUCGCGAAACAGAUGGCAAUCGCAUCGGAUUUUGAGAGGGUCUACGAAAUUGGCGCGGUCUUUCGAGCAGAGAACUCGAACACACAUAGACAUCUUACGGAGUAUACCGGAUUGGAUAUCGAAAUGGCCAUCGAAGAGCAUUAUCAUGAAGCCUUGGAAGUCCUUGACAGCGUGCUUAAAUCUAUAUUCAAAACUAUCUAUGAAAAAUAUCGGUUGGAGAUAGAGGUUAUCAAGCACCAUUUCCCAUCCGAGGAUUUAGUUUGGCUCGAUGAAACCCCUAUUAUUUCGUUUGCUGAUGGAGUCAAAAUGCUGAAUGACUCCGGCUGGGUGGAUGAGAAUGGCAACAAGCUAUCAGAGACUGAGGACUUCGGCACACGGGAUGAGAUUAGGCUGGGUGAACUUGUCAAGGAGAAGUUCCAUACAGAUUACUAUAUCCUGGAUAAGUUUCCGGCAACCGCCCGACCUUUCUAUGCUAUGCCACAUCCGGAUGAUGAAAGAUUCACCUUGUCGUUUGAUAUAUUCGUUCGAGGACAGGAGAUAGUUUCUGGUGGUCAGCGUAUCCAUCACCCUGACCUACUGGACAAACGAAUGAGAGAAGUUGGAAUCGACCCAUCCACCAUGGAAGAGUACAUGGAAGGCUUCAAGUGGGGAGCUCCUCCGCAUGCUGGUGCUGGAAUCGGUUUAGAGAGACUUUUGAUGCUGAUACUGAAGCUCGGCAACAUCCGGCUGGGAUCUCUUUUCCACCGAGACCCAAAGAGCUUCCCUCGUCAUGAGCAGCCUGUCACUCUCCGCCAUCCAGAGGCAUCAACCCUCCACCCUCCAUGGCAAGACGAAAACAAGCCUCGCAAUGCACCGGUUGAUCCCACUCGAAAGUUACAGGCGUUGCAAGAUCUUAUUGCCAAUUAUGGAGAUUCUACGUCUACCUCAUGGCUCGACGAUAGAUAUAAGAUUUGGCGGGACUAUACCACAGGUGCUGCGGUUUCCUACGUACCUUCGCAUGGAUAUGCAGUUAUCGCUGGAGACCCCCUUUGCGAUACAUCCCAGUACCGUCGCAUUGUCGUAUCUUUCCUCCAAUGGCUGAAAAAGGAAACAAAUCUCAGACCAAUCUGGAUCCUAUGCUCUGCCGACGUUGAAGAAAUACUCGGUGAACACCUGGGUUGGCGAAGUCUUUCAUGUGUUGCUGAAGAACGAGUUGACCCUCAGCGCAACCGUGCCGCAUCAGACGGUGAAAUAGCCCGCAAGAUUCGCCGGGCUGAACACGAAGGCAUCAGGAUUCACGCGAUUACUCCCGGCGAACCCGUCCCAGAUGACAUUAAGGAGAAGAUAAAUGCUCGAAUAGAGGACUGGAAGAACAAUAGGAAAGGCACUCAGAUCCAUCUUUCUGAAAUCACCCCGUGGCGCGACCAUACUCAUCGUCGAUACUUCUAUGCAACUGAUAGCGAGGGCAAAAUCUGUUCUUUCGUCGCCCUUGCGCAGCUGGCUCCUCGUCAUGGCAUGCAGGUUAAAUACAGUCUAGAUUUCCCUGGCUCCCCAUCCGGUUCAAUCGAAUAUAUCAUAACUCACGCUAUUCAAUCCGCUGCAAGCUCGGGUGUGAAGUCCCUUACAUUCGGCGGUGGUGCUAUUCCGCAUCUAAUUCCUGGUCAUAAUCUGAGCAGCGUCAAGGCGAAGGUGCUGCAGCACACAUAUGAUACCAUUGUCAAGCAGUUCAAGUUAACUCGGAAGACGGAGUUCAGGGCUAAACUUGGAGCGCACGAAGAGCCCGUUUAUAUCGCUUACCCACGCCAUGGGCUGGGUACCAAGGGAAUCAAAGCGAUUUUGAACUUUUUCGAGGAUUAA